AUGAAAGUCUUUUUUCUUCCUUUUUUCCUUUUCAUCCCUUUUUUUCUUUUUCUUUCUUUUCUUUUCCACCAAAAUGAAAUCAAGAGUGUAAUAGUGAAACUCCUUUUACUUUUUUCUUCCCACCUUUUUCAUUUUUCUUCCCUUUACACUCUAUUUCAUGUUAAUCUCUCUCCGUUUCGCUCUUUUUGCGCUAAUCCCUCUCCGUCUCGCUCUUUUUUUGCGCAAAUCUCUCUCCGUCUCGCUCUUUUUGCGCGAUCUCUCUCCCUCUCCGUCUCGCUCUUUUUUGCGCUAAUCUCUCUCCGUCUCGCUCUUUUUGCGCUAAUCUCUCUCCGUCUCGCUCUUUUUGCGCUAAUCUCACUCCGUCUCGCUCUUUUUUGCGCUAAUCUCUCUCCGUCUCGCUCUUUUGCGCGAAUCUCUCUCCGUCUCGCUCUUUUUUUGCGCGAAUCUCUCUCCGUCUCGCUCUUUUUUUGCGCUAAUCUCUCUCUGUCUCGCUCUUUUUGCUCUCGCUCUUUUUGCGCUAAUCCCUCUCCGUCUCGAUCUUUUUGCGCUAAUCUUUCUCCGUCUCGCUCUCUUGCGCUAAUCUCGCUUCGUCUCUCGCUCGUGCUAAUCUCUCUUACUUACGCUAAUCAUCUUUCUUGCUCCUGUGCUAAUAUCUUUCCACCUUUCACUCUCUCUUGUGCUAAUAUCUCACCAUCUUUCUCUCUCUCUCUCUCUCUCUCUCUGGUUCUGAUAUCUCUCUCUCUCUCUCUUUCUCUCGCACUAAUUUCUUUCAAUCUCUCUCUCUCUCUCUCUCUCUUGCGCAAAUCUCUCUCUCUCUCUCUCAGGCUAAUCUCUCUCUUUCUUUUGCGCUAA